GAAAAUACGAAGACGUGGAGGACUAAUGACAAAAAAUGAACGAGAUGUGGGAGAAAUAUUGAAAAAAGUCCCCAAUAAUUAACCGAAUCAACAUAGGAGAAUUCUUAGCUCGUCCAUUGAGCGAAAAUGGCGGCGAUUGACGAGAAAAAAGAGGAGUUCGUGUAUCGAAUCAGCCCCGUCGAUGAAUGGGAAGAGCUGCAGAAUACUGGCACAACUCUCGGUAGAGAAAUCGAUCGAUCUACUGGUUGCAUUCACCUCAGCAGCCUCCAUCAGGUGAAGAUGACUCUGAACAACUUUUUUGAGGGCAGGGAUGAUUUGUUCUUGCUCCAAGUAGCUACUUCAGAGCUCGGGGAGGGAUUGAUCUAUGAAAAAGCUGAUGACUCCAACUUCUUCCCACAUUUCUAUGGCCCGUCUCGAAGCUUUAACCCUCUACCACUUAAAGCUGUCACCAAGGCAGAGAAAUUGGCACUGGUAAAUGGGGAAUUCACUUGCAGUCUUCUGAAUCAAGAGUCAAGCUGAUCCUGUUCUUAUGGUCCUAAUAAUAUCUCAACAAAAUUGAGAAUGUCUUUUGCUCUCAGGAAUUUCAGAUAUGUUAUUUAAACCUUUGCUGUAUCUUAACUUGCAACGUUUGGACGCAUGAAUCCUACUUAAACAUGUAUCAAGUUUGAGUAUGUAUUUCUUUAUUUUCCCCUCCUACUAUUUUACUUGAGGCAUUCUAUGCCUAAGUUAAAAUAUCAUCAAUCUUGCCAUGCACGGGUUUCCUGGAUCAUGAAGGAAUGAUGGAAAGUGUAGAAUCUAGGUUGAAACUGUGGUUAGGAGUUUUUUGAAGGAUUUGUCAAUAAGCAUUCUGGUGAUUGUAUU